AUGGCCCAGCAUCAUCAUCGACACGGCCCGCAGCAGGUACUGCGACACCGACACCACCACCAUAGGCAUGGCUAUGUAGCUCACCGUGUUCAAUUCCCUCACAAACGCCUCCCAUUUAGUUAUCGUUUGUGUAUCUCUGCUUUCGUGUGGUGCGAGGAGGGGCUGUUCGGAGUCCAUGGGUUCGGUGUUUCUUGGCGGCCUAAACCUAAAGGGAUUGACGGCGUCAAUUUGACGCUCGAGCUGGACGACACUCGUCAAUGGACUUCUGAAGAUUCUUCCAUCAACCCGUCGACCAACGCGACCCGAGGCCGACAUCCAAAUCUCCUCCGCCGUGGUUCUUCCUCCCUCUCCAUCACCAAGGCCGUUGAAAGCCGCGACGCCAGAUAA